AUGAGGCCCUCUACUAGCCUUUCUUUACCGGCGACCCUGCUGUUCACAUUAUUGACACUACCCUUUACCGCAUCAGCAACCGAACUUCUACAAGGCUAUGGCAGAAACGACUAUGCCCUCCCCUGUGCUCAAGCCUGUACCUGGGCCAUGCCCACUGCACUCGACUGUCCCGAAUACGCUAGUAUGUCUGCUGAAGAGCGUGCGGCGGCCUACCCAUCCGCAGCCUGUAUGGGCAAUGACACUUGGUACUUGACAUCAAUUGCUUGGUGCAUUGACUCGUACUGCUCCAAGGAUACAAAGCCAUACAAGAUUGAGAAGUUUUGGUACACCAAGAUGAUCUAUCAAGUUCAGAGCAUAAAGUUCUCAUACUCUGAGGCUUUGGCUCAGGUAGACACCAAGACGCUCCCAAAGCCUAUGUCUCCGGACAUGACGGUGCUUAACCGAACUAUCUCGAUCGACGAUGCAACAUACAACAGCUAUUUAAACGCCGUCAAGGGAUAUAUCGCUAUCGGCAAGAACGAAUCCAAGUACUCUCUCCUGGUGUUUCUCUCCUGCGUCGUCAUCCCCAUCGGCUUCUCGUUGUUCCGCCUCCUACCUAUCCCGACAAGCAUUAGAAGUAAAUUCUACGCUUAUAUCAUCGAUCCUCCUGCUUGUGGUAAGAGACAUAGUGUUCCAACCCUUGGACUAGGCAUUGUCCCUACUCGUGGUCAAGCUCUCUUCAUUCUUUACAUCAUCGCAAUCAAUGCGUUGGCAACAUUCGAUGGCUACCCUCGCUAUACCCCCAACGCCUACUUCCCAGACCGACGGUAUGAGCUGAUGCGGCAUAUUGGUAACCGGGCUGGUAUUAUCGCAUUUGCCAAUAUCCCCAUUAUCAUACUCUAUGCCGGUCGCAAUAGCUUGCUACUACGCUUGACCAACUGGUCCUACUCUACAUUUAUCCUCCUUCACAGAUGGGUCGCGAUGGUCUGCGUUAUCCAGGUCAUCCUUCACUCUCUCAUGUGGCUGCAGAUAAUGGUUGAGGCUCAUUCACAUGCCACAGUUGUCAAAUAUCCUUAUUGGCAAUGGGGAAUUGUCGGGACGGUCGCCUUUUCUCUCCUACUACCUUUCUCAAUUCUUCCUUUCCGCCGCGCUCUGUACGAAAUCUUCCUCAUUGUGCACAUCUGCCUGGCUGUUGUCGUCAUGGUCGGGUCCUGGUACCACAUUUGGUAUCUCUUCGAAGAUACCAGUGGAUUCGAGAUCUGGCUUAUCAUAGCGAUAGCUGUUUGGGGAUAUGAAAGAUUUAUGCGCAUCCUUCGUAUCUCAAAACAUGGUAUCAAGAAGGCCUACAUCACGAGGGCCGAUGAGAAGUAUCUGCAGAUUGACAUUCCUGAUAUGGAUGCACAUGGACAUUGCUUCAUCUACUUUCCCACUCUGUCCUGGCGUGUAUGGGAGAACCAUCCUUUCUCAAUUGUUAAUUGCAGCAGGGGCCAAUUGGAGGGAGAAGCUUCACAUUCAAGUUCAAGCUCACAGGUCGAGGGCAAGAGUGCAUCACCUACGAGCGCUUCCCUGUUCAAGGAGGUUGGUAUGAUUGCAGUAAACGCUCCAAGCAGCGUAACAGCCGCCAAUGCCACCAAACCAGGCAUUACCCUUUUUGUUUCUCCCGAGCAUGGCUUGACUUCUCGACUCCCUAAAAAAGCAGACACUGGGAUUUCUAUUCCAAUUCUUGUGGAAUGCUCUUAUGGACACGAGGACCCAACAAGAUUCAUGCCCACUACAGACUACCCCAACACCCUCGCUAUCGCAGGCGGAGUUGGUGUAACUGCGGUGUUACCAGCACUCCAAAGCUCUUUAUCCAUGUAUGCACGACCACUCGGAACGAGCAAGCUGUACUGGGGAACCAAGAACCGUGGCCUGGUUAAUACAGUCAAAAGAAUGAUUGUCGACGGCGACAGUUACCAAGAUGAGGAAGGGAACGGCAGUGCUUCUAAUUGGGGACAUUUUGGAGCACAUGUUACGAUCGGCUCACGCAUGGAUAUAAGGCAAGUUUUGACGAGCGAGCUACAGAGCACCGCGGGAGGCACGACAGUUAUUGUUUGUGGUCCACAGCAGAUGUGUGACGAUGCUAGGAAUGUAUGUGCCGGACUUGCGAGACAUGGUGUGGUAGUUCGAUAUGUGGAGGAAUCAUUUUCUUGGUAG